AUGAUUGUUUCAUCACCAAAGUGGGAUUCUCUAAUCAAGUCGAAUGUCGAGGAGAUUGUAGAUCUUGAUGUCUUUGUGAAAACAUUUCAUGUGGAUACAACCACUAAUCAAGGUGAUCAAUCGAAAGUAUCUACUACUAAGAAGACUACUAUCAUACCACCCGGAAUUUCGAAUGUCGAAUCGGUUACUGAGGAGGUUCGAACUUCAAGCAUCCCUGUGAACAUGUCUAAUAUGGACAUAAAUGUCAGUAUGGGUGAAGGAGUGUUGACUACCGAACCUCAAGGUAAACCUAUAAUUGUUAUUUCUUCUACUUUCGACACAUCUACCAUAUCAUCCAAUCUUUCUUUACCACCAUUUGUCUCUACUGUUUCCACCACUUUACCACCAACUACUUAUUCUCCAACCUUUGAUCAAAUCCUUCAACAACCUAUUACUUCUCUUUUUCCAUACCAAUCCACUUAUCCUAGAACAGUUAAUGAUGAUGCCACCACUAACAAUGGUGAGUUCACGAGUACAUUUGGUGAUCUUGAGUUUGAUCAGGAGGAAGAAAACAUAUCAAAUCACAUGCGAAUGCAGGGGGUUGUAAGGGUGGUUUAUGUAAUGUUCAAGUUUCAAGAGCAUCGUUUAAGGGAUGAGUUAGAACAUAUUGACAGACACAACGAGAACCGAGUUAAGGCUCAAUCAUCUUCUUUUAAUCUGAAACUGAAAGAAUUGAAAGAUGUGGAAAAAGAAAAACAUCUUUUAUAUGUUCAAGUUGUUAAGAAAGUUCGAGAAGAUGUGAAUCUCAAACUGGAAAACUUAAGGGUAGAUAUGGCGAAGGAAGUUGCUGCUAUAUCUCAUGAUUUUUCUACUCUUUACACAAAAGUAGAUAUCAUCGCAUUUGCAGUUGUAAAUUUUUUCAAAUGGUAUAAAUCUUUAAUACCGAAGGUUGAUAAAAUCGCAGAGAUUGAUUUACAAAAUUUUUCUAAGGUUGAAGAUUUUUUGCAUAACCUUAAGGAUUUAGUCUCGAAGAUUGGUUUAUCAUCUUCAUUGCUUACUCCUGAGUCUUUAGCCCAAAGGUUUGAUGCUUUGGAGUCGACACUCAAAGCUGAAUUGGCUCAAUUAGCAAAUUUAAUGAAUUUGAUCCCAACGAAUGCCUCACCUGUUCAAACAGGGUAG